AUGUCCUAUUCAAGCAAGAUUUCCGCUGCAGCGCAGUUGGUUCACGAGGAUGAGUUUCGACGGAUGCUGGAGCCUGGACGAAAGAAGCACGACAAGCAGAUCGGCAGGUUGCCAAAAGGUCAAGAAUCGCCUUUUGGCGACUUUCCGCCAGACUAUACGCGACCUGGGGAUGACCAAAAGAGGUCCCUGGGCCUCCUCCAACUUUCGGGCACAGCGACUCUGACGCCGCGGAAAUCAGCGGAUCAGGCACUGCCCUCAGCGCGCAGCUCACUCCCAUCAGCGCGCAGUAUGGAUGGCAAGACGCCGCGUACUGCUCGUGAGAUCGAGAGGAUGACGCCCCGGAUGACGCCCCGUGAUGGUGCCUUCUCCAACACUGCACCGAAAGCCUUGCGCAGUUUGGGCCCUCCGGCAGCAGGAGCUUUCAUGAAGCGGCCUAUCGAGCCCUCAGAGUUCAGAAGGUUCUACGACCGGAACGACUUGCCCAUCCAGAUCAUGCACACGGGCACCCAGAAUAGGAUUGCGUGGAAGGUUGAUGUGGAAAAGUUGGACUACCACCACUACCUUCCCAUUUUCUUCGAUGGGCUGCGCGAGAGAGAGGAGCCAUACCGCUUCUUCGCGGUGGAGGGCGUCUACAAUCUCCUGGAAAAGGGCGGGUCCAAGAUCCUUCCGGUGGUGCCACAGCUUAUCAUCCCCAUCAAGAAGGCCCUCAACACGCGGGAUCCAGAAGUGAUGGUAACCACCAUGAAGGUGCUGCAGACUUUGGUGCUCUCUGGGGAGAUGGUGGGUGAGGCGCUGGUCCCCUACUACCGCCAGAUCUUGCCGGUACUCAACAUCUUCAAGUCGGCUACGAAAAGCACCUUCGAUCAGAUGGACUACUCCCAGCGCAAGCGCAUGGACAUUGGGGCCCUCAUCGAUGAGACCCUGGAGAUUCUGGAAACUCACGGGGGCGAAGACGCCUUCAUCAACAUCAAGUACAUGAUACCAACCUACGAGUCGUGUGUAUCUGUUUGA